AUGUCUCAUUCCGAACAGUCAAUAAACUCUAGUAAAGUGGGUAAAGUUCAUUUAUCCGGAGACUCAAAUGAAUACGUGAUUAUUGGUAAUAAGAAAUACUGGAGAAAUGAAUUAUCCCAGGCUUUUGGUGGGACUUUGAAUCCUGGGUUAGCUGUUCCUUCGCCUUAUGAAUUUGGUAAUCCUGCUCCUUUAGGGUUAUCUUGUUUUGCUUUAACUACGUUUGUAUUAUCUCUUUAUAACGCUGGUGCAAUGGGAAUCAGUACUCCUAAUGUGGUGAUUAGCUUGUCGGUUUUCUAUGGUGGUGCCAUUCAGUUCUUGUGUGGUUGUUGGGAAUUAUUAAUUGGUAAUACUUUUGGGGGUACUGCUUUAACCAGUUACGGUGCCUUUUGGUUAUCUUAUAGUUGCCUUUUCUUAAAAGCUUUUGGUAUUUCCGAAGCUUAUGAAGAUGAGUUGAUGAUGAAUAAUGCAAUCGGAUUCUUUUUAAUUGGUUGGGCCAUCUUUACCUUUAUUUUGGUUUUGGUAACCAUGAAAUCAACCGUGGCAUUCUUUUCCUUAUUUGUCUUUCUAGACUUGACUUUUAUCUUAUUAGCUGCCAGUGAGUUAAGUGGGAGCACCAACACCCAUAAAGCCGGUGGUGUCUUUGGGGUUAUAACUGCCUUGAUUGCCUGGUAUAAUGCUUUCUCUGGGGUUGCCAAUUCGAAAAACUCCUACUUUACAGCCCAUUCAAUUCCUCUUACCAAAUCUAAUUAGCCAAUUCAUUCAUUUAUUUCUUCGUUUCGUCACUUUUCCACUUUUUCACUAUUUCACUUCAUCCUUUCAUCAUUUUUUUCACCUUUCUAAUUUUUUUCACUUCUUAGUUAAUAUACGUACUGUUGCAAAAUGCGUAAUAUCAGCCAAAAACUCCUUUUGAAAAGGCUCUUUCGAUUGAAAUCAAACACCAGUCAUCAAGCAAACUUCGU